UCAUCUAGGAUACUUCAAAUCAAUCUUUCCACCUUAAUCAGAUAGCUCUGUUUUGUGUCACAUUUAAAGUAAAUUAUUUACUUUAAGUACUGCUAAGAACACACUCUAUGUAAACUAUUAUACUGGAUGCCCAAGGAGAUAAGUAGAAGACGGUUCUCUGGCUUUGAGGUGUUUGGUUGAGACAGCAAUAUACAUUAAAAGUUGAACAGGGAUGCAAAGCAGCGUGGGACAAAUUAUACAGAAAGUAAGUGUGAUAGUUUUGAGAUUAUAGUGGCUGAUCUGUUCAUUAUUUUGUACUCAGGAACUAAAAAAUUACUAAGAGUUUUAAGAGCUCUGGUUUUAUAGCUGAGAUAAUAAGCCCAGUGACACAAGUGGUCUAGGGUCCCAGCUAUGAAGUGGCAAGAGUUUUCCUGUCUCCUGGUCCUAUGCUGCUUGUGCGUAGGUUUCUAACUAUUCACAAGUCUUUUAAUCAGUUAAUGUUUGCUCUCUCUAAGUAGACAGUUUAGUAUAGCCAGGUAAGAACUGGGCUCUGAAACUAAAAUGUUUGGGUUUGAAUCCUGGCUUUGCUAUUUACUGUGUGACUUUGGGCAAGUCACUAAUCUCUUUGCUUUACUUACCCACCUAUAAAAUAAGUAUAAUAAUGGUACUUCAUAGGGUGGUUGUGAGCAUUUUAUACUUAAUAUAUGUAAAGCAAGAAAAACUGUGGAUUUGACAUUAUAAAUGCUAUUAGUCUGUGAGGGAAUGGAGGGCAAGAAAUCUAGUCAUGUUUUUUGUUUUUUAAACCUCUUGCCUCAGCUUCUGAUCAGAGCAUUCACGUGGGUGUUCAAUAAAUGCAUGUUAGCUACCUUAAGCGUAUUGGGAGUUUUUGUAUCACUGAAGUAAGACUUGAGAUUUGUGUAAGCCUGGACUAGUCUGGUACCAGAGAAGUCUAGAAAGGUAAAAACUGAGAUAGCAUCAGAUUGAUUUUAGGACCUAGCACAGCUUCUUUAAAAAAGUCAGUCAAGACAAAUAAGUGCUGAGAAAAAUGGGGGUCAAUGAGUCUAAUUCCAAAUGAGCUUUCUCAUCUAUUUUAAGAUCUGUUUCAAACUUCCUCAGACAAAAAUCUGGCCUUUUAAGGAAAGUACAGAGAACAUGCCUUCGUGGGCUUAGUUUGAGGGAAUAGGGGCUGCAUUUCACCCUGGAGGUGGCUACAUGAAUUUGUGAACUGAGGUGACAACACUGACUCUCUCCGGAAGAAAAGAUGCUAUCUCUUCACGGAGUUUAAUUACAAUGGCACUACUUGAAACAAGCAGCAGCAGCAGCAACAAACGCUACUGUUAGCCCUGUCACAGCUCAGCUCAAUAUUCAGAUUAGAGAAAGCAAGAACCAUUUUUUUCCCCGGGACACCCUUCUCUACUAAAAUACCCGCUGGAAAAAAAAAAUCUGAGACAAGCACUAGGGAGUGGGGAAAGCGGGCAGAGAUGAGCAAUAACCCAUAUUCAGGGGUUAGAAAAAUAAUAUUAAUAAAUCAUGGUAGGUUUUUUUGUUUGUUUGUUUUUGGCAGGAACUUGCCACUCUUCAGCAUCAUCCAUCAGGAAAUCUAGGGUCGGAAAAGUGUACCAAUUGGCCUUCCAAAUUUUCUGCAUUUGGCAGAUGCAAAUCACACAGUCCAUCCCCGCCCUCAGCACUUGGACGGUAUCAGGGAAACAUAAUUAUCAAUGGAAGAAUCUUGAAGUGAAAAAUAAAUAACUGGUCAGGUUAGGGUUAGUGUUCUUGUGUGCAAGGGAGCUAGUGAAGUUUAGGCUUUGAUGCGCACCCACAGCGUCAGCAAAGGAGGAAGAAUUAAGGAACAGCAUGGGCUGAAAAGGCCCCGAGUUUUGAGGUCAAGCCAACGGGCUGGGUCUCUGGUAUCCUAGGAUCUGCCCUGCACACAACCUUUGGCAGUUUUUCGGUUUGAAUCUCGCCUGUACAUUUCCAGACGAGGCACUGUCUUACUGAGCGUUCUCACAGCGCCUAGCUCAGAGCUGACCGCAGAGCCGGCUCUCAAUAACAUCUAGACGCAAAAGCAGCUUUUGGGGUUAGGGGCGGAAGGGCAUCGGUUUUACUUAUUUUAAGGCUGGCGCUCGGUGCAGCCGGAUCCAACUGCCAGUACAAUGUUCCCGAUCACUUCUCGCUUCCAUUUCAGCCCAGGAGACGUCGGGAAACCCACAAGGACCCGCUAGGGGCAAAGCGGUUAAGCCGCGUCCUUCAGGUGUCAGUCUCGAUCCGUUCGGAAACCACAACCUCCAGAAUCCCUUGUGCCAGGAGGCCAGGCCGCAAAUAAGAUGGCUCCAGAAGGGUGGAACAUAUAGCAGGGGGGAACUUAGUCGUUGGCAGUUUCUUCACGGGAUGUGUUUAAAUUGCCGAGUCCCCACAUACGCGCCACCCCACAGAUCUCCUUCGAGGCCGUGGAGGCCACGGCUGCCGCCUCGCCAGCUCCUCCAGGAGCAUGCUGGGAUUUGUAGUCCAGCAGCCGGACUGUGCCGAGCCACCUUUCCCAGCUUGCCCUGCGGCUCGGGUGAUAUCAACAGUCCUUUCCAGAACUCUGUCUGCACUGAGACCCUCUUCCCCCGGUCCUCUUCUCGCGGUCGACUCCUUCCCAUCCGUAGCGACAGAGCGGCGAUUGCAGGAGAGGCCCCGGUCCCUCGCCGCGCCACCCCGAGGGGCACUUCCGGCGGCGGUUCACUUCCUGGUUGGGUGGAUGGAGCCGGGCGGGAGCGCGCGCGGGGGAGGGGCGGCAGGUUUAAACUUACACGAAUCGCUUUCUGGAGGAGGAGGGGACCCGCCGCGCGAUUGACACGCAUAUUCCUAUAGGCAUCCUCCCUCAGCCCCCACCCCCACGGCCGGAUUCGGGUGGCUCCUCUCCGAGGUGAAAUCCGAGAAGAAAUCCUUGGAUCUCUUUUCUUUACAAAAAAAAAAAAAAAAAUUCUAGAAACCAUCGGUAUUUUGCUUUGCUGCUCCCUAUUCGCAAGAUGAAGAAGUUUUUCGACUCCCGGCGAGAGCAGGGCGGCUCUGGCCUGGGCUCCGGCUCCAGCGGAGGAGGGGGCAGCACCUCGGGCCUGGGCAGUGGCUACAUCGGAAGAGUCUUUGGCAUCGGGCGACAGCAGGUCACAGUGGACGAGGUGUUGGCGGAAGGUGGAUUUGCUAUUGUAUUUCUGGUGAGGACAAGCAAUGGGAUGAAAUGUGCCUUGAAACGCAUGUUUGUCAACAAUGAGCAUGAUCUCCAGGUGUGCAAGAGAGAAAUCCAGAUAAUGAGGGACCUUUCAGGGCACAAGAAUAUUGUGGGUUACAUUGAUUCUAGUAUCAACAACGUGAGUAGCGGUGAUGUAUGGGAAGUGCUCAUUCUGAUGGACUUUUGUAGAGGUGGCCAGGUGGUAAACCUGAUGAACCAGCGCCUGCAAACAGGCUUUACAGAGAAUGAAGUGCUCCAGAUAUUUUGUGAUACCUGUGAAGCUGUUGCCCGCCUGCAUCAGUGCAAAACUCCUAUUAUCCACCGGGACCUGAAGGUUGAAAACAUCCUCUUGCAUGACCGAGGCCACUAUGUCCUGUGUGACUUUGGAAGUGCCACCAACAAAUUCCAGAAUCCACAAACUGAGGGAGUCAAUGCAGUAGAAGAUGAGAUUAAGAAAUACACAACGCUGUCCUAUCGAGCACCAGAAAUGGUCAACCUGUACAGUGGCAAAAUCAUCACUACGAAGGCAGACAUUUGGGCUCUUGGAUGUUUGUUGUAUAAAUUAUGCUACUUCACUUUGCCAUUUGGGGAAAGUCAGGUGGCAAUUUGUGAUGGAAACUUCACAAUUCCUGAUAAUUCUCGAUAUUCUCAAGACAUGCACUGCCUAAUUAGGUAUAUGUUGGAACCAGACCCUGACAAAAGGCCGGAUAUUUACCAGGUGUCCUACUUCUCAUUUAAGCUACUCAAGAAAGAGUGCCCAAUUCCAAAUGUACAGAACUCUCCCAUUCCUGCAAAGCUUCCUGAACCAGUGAAAGCCAGUGAGGCAGCUGCAAAAAAGACCCAGCCAAAGGCCAGACUGACAGAUCCCAUUCCCACCACAGAGACUUCAAUUGCACCCCGCCAGAGGCCUAAAGCUGGGCAGACUCAGCCGAACCCAGGAAUCCUUCCCAUCCAGCCAGCCCUGACACCCCGGAAGAGGGCCACUGUUCAGCCCCCACCUCAGGCUGCAGGAUCCAGCAAUCAGCCUGGCCUUUUAGCCAGUGUUCCCCAACCAAAACCCCAAGCCCCACCCAGCCAGCCUCUGCCACAAACUCAGGCCAAGCAGCCACAGGCUCCUCCCACUCCACAGCAGACGCCUUCUACUCAGGCCCAGGGUCUGCCUGCUCAGGCCCAGGCCACACCCCAGCACCAGCAGCAACUCUUCCUCAAGCAGCAACAGCAGCAGCAACAGCCACCGCCACCACAGCAGCAGCCGGCAGGCACGUUUUACCAGCAGCAGCAGCAGGCCCAGACUCAGCAGUUUCAGGCAGUACAUCCAGCAACCCAGCAACCAGCAAUUGCUCAGUUCCCUGUGGUGUCCCAAGGAGGCUCUCAACAGCAGCUAAUGCAGAAUUUCUACCAGCAGCAGCAGCAGCAACAACAACAACAGCAACAGCAACAGCUGGCCACAGCCCUGCAUCAACAACAGCUGAUGACUCAGCAGGCUGCCUUGCAGCAAAAGCCCACUGUGGCAGCAGGACAGCAGCCCCAGCCACAGCCAGCUGCGGCCCCACAGCCAGCGCCUGCCCAGGAGCCAGCCCAGAUUCAAGCCCCAGUAAGACAACAGCCAAAGGUUCAGACAACCCCACCUCCUGCCGUCCAGGGGCAGAAAGUUGGAUCUCUCACUCCACCCUCGUCCCCCAAAACCCAACGUGCUGGGCACAGGCGUAUUCUCAGUGACGUAACCCACAGUGCAGUCUUUGGGGUCCCUGCCAGCAAAUCAACCCAGCUGCUCCAGGCAGCUGCAGCUGAGGCCAGUCUCAAUAAGUCCAAGUCUGCAACCACCACUCCUUCAGGCUCUCCUCGGACCUCUCAACAAAACGUUUAUAAUCCUUCAGAAGGGUCUACGUGGAAUCCCUUCGAUGACGAUAAUUUCUCCAAACUCACAGCUGAAGAACUGCUAAACAAGGACUUUGCCAAGCUGGGGGAAGGCAAACAUCCCGAGAAGCUUGGAGGCUCAGCUGAGAGUUUGAUCCCAGGCUUUCAAUCAACCCAAGGUGAUGCUUUUGCUACGACCUCAUUUUCUGCUGGAACUGCUGAAAAAAGGAAGGGUGGGCAGACUGUGGACUCUGGCCUCCCGCUUCUAAGCGUGUCUGAUCCUUUCAUUCCUCUUCAAGUACCUGAUGCACCAGAAAAACUAAUUGAGGGACUCAAAUCUCCUGACACUUCUCUUCUGCUCCCUGACCUCUUGCCUAUGACAGAUCCUUUUGGUAGCACUUCCGAUGCUGUAAUUGAAAAAGCUGAUGUUGCUGUUGAGAGUCUCAUACCAGGACUGGAGCCCCCAGUUCCCCAGCGCCUCCCAUCUCAGACGGAAUCUGUGACCUCGAAUCGCACAGAUUCUCUCACCGGGGAAGAUUCCCUGCUUGAUUGCUCUCUGCUCUCUAACCCUACUACUGACCUUCUGGAAGAGUUUGCCCCCACAGCAAUCUCUGCUCCAGUCCAUAAAGCUGCAGAAGAUAGUAAUCUCAUCUCAGGUUUUGAUGUCCCUGAGGGCUCGGACAAGGUGGCUGAAGAUGAGUUUGACCCUAUUCCUGUAUUGAUAACCAAAAACCCACAAGGUCUCCAGAGAGAGUCCAAUCCCUGUCCUGUAAUAACUGUAGAGCACUUUAAAGAAUCACUGGGCGUUAAAGGCCUUCCUCUGUAUCCAGACCCCUCCAGAGUACCUGGCACAAAGACUCAGAACAACUUAGAAUCUGACUACUUGGCCAGAGAUGGCCCUUCAAGCAACAGCUCAUUCCACAGCAGCGAAGAGGAAGGGACUGACCUUGAAGGAGACAUGCUGGACUGCAGUGGGUCUCGGCCUCUCCUUAUGGAGUCUGAAGAAGAAGAUGAGAGCUGCAGACCCCCCCAGGGGAAGCUGGGAGGAGCCGUUCCAUUUGCUCCACCAGAAGUCUCUCCUGAGCAAGCAAAGACAGUGCAAGGUGGAAGAAAGAACCAGUUUCAAGCCCUCACACAGCCAGCCACUGAUGGGCUCAGUGAGCCAGAUGUUUUUGCCAUAGCUCCCUUCAGGAGCUCAAGGGUUCCAAAUGAUGACAUGGACAUUUUCUCCAAAGCCCCAUUUGUCUCCAAGAGCAGUAUGGCUCCUUCCCAGCCAGAGGAGUCAGACGUGUUUUUGAGAGCUCCUUUCACUAAGAAGAAAAGCAUGGAGGAGUUAACAGUUAUCCAGAGCACCUCCCAGGAGCUGCCUGCACAGACCGGUCUCCUCAGUCAGACAGGUGACGUCCCCCUGCCCGCGGGCCGUGAGAGAGCUGUGUACACCUCUGUCCAAGCUCAGUAUUCCACAGCUGGUUUUGUGCAACAGUCUAACCUCCUCUCCCAUUCUGUACAAGCAGCAGACCAUCUGGACAGCAUCUCUCCCAGGGGAUCCUGCCUGGAAUCUGGGGGUCAUUCUAAUGACAGAAACAAAGGACCUCAGCUCCAGAAAGAAGCUGUCUCAGGCCCCAUGGCUGGCAAACCAUUCCGCCCCCAGUCCUUAUCCAAGUAUUCCCGUCACUAUAGCCCAGAAGACGAGCCAAGUCCAGAAGCCCAGCCCAUUGCUGCCUACAAAAUUGUUUCACAAACCAACAAGCAGUCGAUAGCUGGGUCUGUUUCUAUCACAUCCCUUUCCUCCAGGACUACGGAGCUGCCAGCUGCUGAUCCAUUUGCUUUAGCACCCUUCCCUUCAAAAUCAGGCAAGAAACCCUAGGAGCAAAACCUGAGCCUCAAGCCUCUUGUCUCUAUCCCACCCUCAAUACAAUACCUGCCACGGCACUCCCAGCUGAGCCUUCCGAAGAAGAAAUAUUAUCAGUUCUUAUAUUUCAGUUCCCUGCGUCAGAGCAGAAUUUCUUGAGUCAACAAACUCAGUUGCAGUGAUACUUAGUUGAAGCCCCUUUAAGUUAUGUUCGUUUUUGUUUGUUGGUUUGUUUGUUUAUAUUGAUUUCUGGACCUGGAAGCAUUUUCAUCUCCUUCCUGGAGGUCAUCCACUUCCACCAAGAACUCUGCUUUCCCCCUGCCCCACCCACAGAAACUGUUUAAAUCCUGAAAUACUUCUUCACCCCAAUCCCAAAGGGGCCCUAUUGUUGCUAGUUUUAAUUCCUGUAGCUCCUAUUCUAAGUCAUGCCCAUCGAAGAAUCAAGAUUAGUCCCUCCACUAAAUCAAGAUUUAGUACUCUUGAAAAGGGGAGAUGUCUGGAAAGAAGAGCAAGAUAAAAACCCUGCACAUCAACAGGAAGUCUAAUCCUGCAGUUACUAAUCAUUCCUGUAGAAGCAGCAGCUCUAGGAGUCUCUGGAUCUGUUUCUCAGUCUGUGUGCAAAGCCAGGCUGGCCCUCGUGCAUGACUCUCUGUGGGUGUGGAAUGUACGUCAGAACCUAUGUAGAGAUACAGGCAGAUGGGCUAACUCCUUAUGUCUAGUCAUGCUGGCAGGGCUUUCCCCACAUCCAUGCUUUUGAAAUUAGUGUGAGUGUACAGGUUUGUGUGUGCAUGUAUACGUGUGUGUGCACAGGAAGCAUUUCCACUUGAGGGAAAUCCUGCCCCAUAAUGCCUACCUCCACAAUCAAAUCACUCGUUUUUUGGUGUUUGCUCACCUAACUGACUUGAACCCCAUUUUAUUUAUUUAGUUUUUUUCUCAUGGCAAAAUAGAAUACAUUGGAAGGUGUAGGGAAAUCCUGCUGGAACUGAUGUUUCAGAGUAAAUUUUUUUUCUCUCCAGAAUUUCCUGUUUUGCUAUUAACAAAUUAUAUUUACCUGAUUAUGAAAAACUAAUUUUCCUUAUAUAUUUUCCCCUUACAACACUAGAAAAGAACACCUUGUUACAGUUCCAGCCUCUGAGUAUGUGGGCUAAAUGCCAGCAUUAGGGAAUUCAUUAAUCAUGAGACUAGGCUACAAACUAGGCUUGCUUGUUUUGGGGUUGUUUUGUUGUUGUUGUUGUUGUUGUUGUUGUUUCCAAAUCUCUACUGCCCUUUGAGGAAAUGUAAAUCUGAGACAUGGAAAUAAGUGUUUGGGAGAAUGGAAAAGAUCUGAAUCAGGUAGGCACGAAAACUUUUACAUUCUCUAUCCUCUUUAGAUGUUGAAAUAGACCAGACAGGUUAACUGAUGUUUUUUAAAAUUGUCUAUUUCUGGAAAGAUCUGACUUAUUCCUAGCUUUUUUCAUACGCUUUAUUAUUAGUGCCUUAAAAUAAAGCUGGCUAGGUGCAGUGCCACACACCUGUAAUACCAGCAUUUUGGAAGGCUGAGGUGGGAGGAUCAGUUGAGCCCAGGAAGUUCAAGACCAACUCUGGCAACACAGCGAGACCCUGUCCCUUCAAAAAAUUAAAAAAAAAAAAAAGGCUGGGCAUGGUGGCUCACGCCUGUAAUCCCAGCACUUUGGGAGGCCAAGGUGGGCAGAUCACAAGGUCAGGAGUUUGAGACCAGCCUGGCCAACAUGGUGAAACCCCAUCUCUACUAAAAAUACAAACAAUUAGCUGGACGUGGUGGUGCACACCUGUAGUCCCAGCUACUCAGGAGGCCGAGGCAGGAGAAUCGCUUGAACCCGGGAGGCAGAGGUUGCAGUGAGCCGAGAUUGCGCCACUGCACUCUGGUCUGGGCGACAGAGCAACUCUAAAAAAUAAAAUCAAAUAAAAUAAUGAAAAAAAUCAGCUGGGUAUGGUGACAUAUGCCUGUAGCUACUCAGGAGGCUGAGCUGGAAGGAUCACUUGAGCCCAGGAGUUUGAGGCUGCAGUGAGUUGUGAGUCCAGCCGGGGUGACAGAGUGAGACCCUAUCUCCAAAAAUAUAAUAAUAAAAAUAAAGCCUGUAUCUCAAUGAGAAGAUUUCUGCUAAGGCAGUUCAACUCAAUGGAAAGAACUGCUGCAUUAGGUUUCAACUUGAAUGCUUUCUGUCACUUCUAGUAAAGGUUAAGUGAUUUUUCCAUUAGCUGUAGAAGUUUGGAGAGCUAUUUACCAAGCCAGAUCAAUGAUUUAAAAAUUAUUGGAAAUUCAUCUAAGAAUCAAGUCUGAAUGCCCAAUUCUAUUGUGGUUGAUUAGGCUGGAUAUUCUUUAAAGUUCAGGAAUAUUGGCAGUAAAAUAUGAGCAGCUACUUUUCAACACUUUGUCCUUUUUUGGUUGGUCUCCACCUAUUUCAAAUGUCCUGAUCAAAAGAUAAAUAAUUGGCACUGUGCCAAGGUUUGGUUUUCCAACUAAGGUCUCAACUGUGCCAGAAACCUGUGUCCUUCACUUUGGUGGAUGCUAAAUGUUAUUCUAAGAAUAUGCUUUUUCCCAAUUCUCAUUUCUGAUUUUUAUGUAUUAGUAGAUGCAAAAUUGUCUUUCUAGUUGAAUGAAUAAUUUCGGUUAAUGCACGUGGAACUUUGCACCCCAAAUUCUUCCCAUGGUCAUUAUCAAGUAAAGCCCUCAAAAACAUGAGCUAAGAGGCUAGAAAUAUUCAGGGAGAUUUCUCACCCCAACUCAGAAAUUCUUUUUUUUUUUUUUCAAGAUGGCAUCUUGCUCUGUCGCUCAGGCUGGAGUGCAGUGGCGCGAUCUCGGCUCACUGCAACCUCCACUUUCCGAGUUCAAGCGAUUCUGCCUCAGCCUCCCGAGUAGCUGGGAUUACAGGCACACACUACCAUGCCUGGCUAAUUUUUGUAUUUUUAGUAGAGAUGGGGUUUUACCAUGUUGGCCAGGUUGGUCUUGAACUCUUGACCUUGUGAUCCACCCACCUUGGCUUCCCAAAGUGCUGGGUUUACAGGCAUGAGCCACUGCACCUGGCCCGGAAAUUCUUAAAAGUAAGAGAUCAUUCUAAUUCCCCUUUCCAAAUAUUCAGGAUUAUCUCUGUAACAGCCCAGCAAAUUGUUUUCCUUUGGUUAUUUGAUAAUUCCCUUCUAAUCAAGUGACUAUUUUAAUUCUCAAGGUGCAAAUCAGAAUAAAAUUAUGGUGAUUGUACUACAUAGUUGAAUACUUCGUCAAGCAUGAGCUUGUAUCCUUUUUAAAUUUUUUACUGGAGGCCAGGCGCGGUGGCUCAUGCUUGUAAUCCCAGCACUUUGGGAGGCCAAGGUGGGUGGAUCACUUGUGGUUAGGAGUUUGAGACCAGCCUGGCCAAUAUGGUGAAACCCUGUCUCUACUAAAAAUACAAAAAGUAGCUGGGCGUGAUGGCACGCACCUGUAGUCCCAGUUACUAGGGAGACUGAGGCAGAAUUGCUUGACCCAGGGAGGCAGACUUUGCAGUGAGCCAAGAUUGUCAUUGCACUCCAGCCUGGGUGAGAAGAGCAAAACUCUGUCUCAAAAAAAAAAAAAAAUUGUCACUGGAGACAUGAUGGGUGGAGACUCUACAUACCUUCUUUGAAUACAGAAACGGAUGCAAACACAUGCAAGUUACUUUUUUUUUUUUUUUUUGGUGAUGCAUGAAAAAACUUUGACUUGUGGAUUACAUUAAUUAUUAGUAACAGUUAGAUUCUGCCGACUUGUAUUACGGUAGGGUCUUAUUUCCUUAAAGAGAAAAAAAAUACAGUCAUGCCCCGCUUAAUGAUGAGGGAAACAUUCAGAGAAAUGCAUCCUUAGGUGAUUUUGUCAUUGUGUGAACAUCACAGAGUGUACUUAACACAAACCUAGAUGGCACGGCCUACUACCUACCUAGGCUAUAUGGUCCAGCCUGUUGCUCCUGGGCUACAAACCUGUAUAGCAUGUUACUGUACUGAAUACUGUAGGCAGUUGUAACACAAUGGUAAGUAUUUCUGUAUCCAAACAUUUUAGACAUAGAAAAGGUACGGUAAAAAUAUGGUAUAAUCUUAUGGGACCAUCAUGGUAUAUGUGGUCCAUCAUUGAUGGAAUCGUUUUUAUGCAGCACAUGACUGUAUAUAAUCAACAAACGACUCUACUUUCUUGUUUUCGUUUGUUGUGUUUUUGCUUUACACAUUUGAUAGGGAACAUAGAACUUGUGACCUUUCAUUUCAAUGGAAAGCAUUGAGCCAGAAUAUAUUUAUUCAUAAACCAUCGAGCCACACAUGCAUUGAUGAACCCUGAAAGAAUCCACAGUAAUUGACUAACAGGCAGUAUUGAAUGAAUGAUGUCAUAUGUGGUGAAAAAUAUUUAAUAUAAGUUUUUUGGGCUCACAUACAGCCCUUUAGUUCCAAGUGCUUGGUUAGAUUAGAAAAUGGGAUGAACACAAUUUGAUGCUGAAGCAGCUGCUGAGCAGCACCCAGGGAGUCUAGGUCAUACACCCUAUAUUGUUUUCGGCCCACUUAUUAUUGAGUUGAAAAGUCUCACAUUUGUAGACUAGAGUGUAUGUGUUUACAGGCCCAUGUUGUAUCCGAGUUUUCUCUGGCAACUAAGAUCUCUUUCUAAACAUUCUAGAAAGAUACUGGUAUCUUACUGGCCCAUUAUUUAUUUAGUAAGUUUUAGAAUACAUGUACAUCAGUGUUUUCAGCUACUUGGUGGACAUUUCACUGAUGCAUAAUGAAGGUAGCAGAUUACAAUCAUCAGAGUGAUCUGACAAGGAAAUUCUGUAUUUGCUUCCAUAAAGAAAAAUAAUCAAAACUUAUAUCAGAUAUAAUAUAUAUGCAGUAUAUCACAUAGGAAAUUUUAUUGUAGGAAAUUAGAGAAGGAUGCUACCCAAUUCAUUCUCUAGCAGGAAGAAUACAGCUUAAAAAUCACUUGGGUCCCUUUAAUAAAGAAAAGUGUGAUUCUGUGUUGUGUGUUUGGAACUGAAAUUGGAGAAAACGUACCAGUCAACUGUGAAAUGGUUGCUGGAUAAAAACACAGAUGUGGUUUUAUCCGAGAAAUGUGGGACUGAAAUUAUUUUGAUGAGAGGUACAUAAGAGAGCUGCAGAAAAGACUGUAGCUUCUGAGGAGGCAGGAGUACCUUGUUAAUGUCCAAACCACCCCUGAGUUCUAAUGUUCCAACUCCACCUAAAGGAGGAAUUGGAAACUUUAAAUGGAAUUAUCUAAUUUAAAUUCUUAUUUUUUUCUUUGUCUUUCUCAGCUGAUACUUGUAGUUUUGUUUUGUUUUUUAACCACCAGGAACACUUGCAAGUUUGUUACUGAAAACAUCACUAAAGGAAAAGAAGAGUUUCAAAAUGCUUGAAAAGAAAAAGUAGUAUGUGGUUGGGAAUUGCUUUUGUUCAAGUCCCUAGAAGUCCUCCUGGCUUAGCUCCCUUGUUCCUGUUACCACUUCAUUUCCUUACUUAACAUUCCCCUGUUUUGAGCAUGUCAGUAAGUGUGUGAUGAAUGGCACAGUUGAAUGAUCAUGUUAACUUUAAUUGCUUCCUUUGUUGCUGUCAACAGUUUCUUGUUAAGUUUCAGCCAAGUCUGUGACAAUCUCACCAAAUAAGAAUGAAAUGGGCGGGGUGUGGUGGCUCACACCUUGUAAUCCCAGCACUCUGGGAGGCUGAGGUGGGCACAUCGCUUGAGCUCAUGAGUUCAAGACUAGCCUGGGCAACAUGGCAAAACCUUGUCUCUACAAAAAAUACAAAAAUUAGCCAGGCAUGGUGGUGCACGCCUGUAGUCCCAGCUACUUGGGAGGCUUAGGUGGGAGGAUGGCUUGAGCACAGGAGGCAGAGGUUGCACUAAGCCAAGGUCGUGUCACUGCACUCCAGCCCAGGCAAUAGAGCCAGACCCUGUCUCAACAAAACAAAACAAACAAACAAAACAUGAAUGAAUUAAAUGGCUCACCUUCCCUAUUAUGAACUAGAAGAAAGGAUGAAGGAAGGUUGGCAGGACCCCAGCCUUACUCUGUAGUGGCAACCCAGAGGUACCUUUCCCGGAAUGCAGGGUCAAGUUUAUGUGUGAAGGGACUCUAGAAUAGCUGGUAAAAAUGGCUACAUGUUAACCAUUCUUGACUUAGUCCAGUAUUCCCAUAAUUUGUAAUUCCAUAAAUUUAUUCUCAGCUGUCUCCCAGCCAUUUCUAAUAGAAGGCUGUGUACCCCAGUUUUGACAAUGUUCUUGAAAUCAAGUUAGUGUUACCUGCAUUGCAUUAUAAUGGAACUAUAUGUACAUGUUAAAGGGAUCCAUUUGAUUCCUUUUGGCAAGGAAUUGCAAAAAUAGCUUUUACCAAUACCAGUUAAAAUAGGAUAGUUAGACUUUGGGGGCAGGGUGAGACAGUGCAGCCUUUUCACUCUGAAAUGGAAAAUCAGCUGUAUUCUUUGAGUCUACCAGAGAUUCCUAUUUGAGUGUGAAUGGGGUGUGUGUGUCUGUGUGUCUGUGUGUGUGCUCAUUCAUCUUCAUGCUUUCUUCCAUGGUGUUAAUUCAAGCUCUCCUAAUAAAGGUCUCCAAAGAGUACUGAGAAGUGAGCAUAGGUAUUUGGCAUGAGUAAAUGUGGUUCCUUUUCCCAAAAACUCUGAAAGUUACAACUGGAGUUCUCGAUAAAAGGUUGGGGAAAUCGGCCAUGGCUUUAGCCUUGUUCCCAAGUACACCUCCUCUUAUCCACAACGAUCAAACUCUGUAGGGCUCACCCUGAGGGCUCAUGUGUGGCACUGAGAGGAUAGCAGUGACCAGAACACCACAAGGCCCACAAGAUGUUUUGAAUGAGGGAACAUUUAAUGUCAUUUGUUAGGAGAUAGAAACCAAAUAAUAAAGGACAAGGACCACGCUCAUUCCGUGGAGAAGAGGUGAACUCCCUCUGCUGACUAUUUGGAAUGGACUGAAUGAGGAGGUCUCCCCAGCCAGAAGGAGUAUUGAGGUCAUCAGGCCUCAGAAAACAUUGUACACAUAAUCUUGGGCUGUGAACAAGAGAAAGGAGGGGGGAAAACAUGAAAGUCAAUCUUAACAACUUUUGCAAUACCUCUUAUUUGCAGACCAUUGGAUUUAUGUUAUUGCACUCUCGGUGUGAUUUAUCAUAUGUAUCUGAUAGGUUUUAUGAAUUGUUUUGAGUUGUAAACUCCUAUACCCUUUAUUAAAAUGGACCUAAUUAAAUGA